AUGGCAAAGAAAAAAUCCAACUCGAAACCAAAAUCACAAUCUAAAUCUACUAUUCCUGAUAUGCAUCAGCCUACAUUUACCACCAUUCAGACCGCUCCUGAUACUAACCUAGAACCAGUGCGUGAACCUGAAGUUAAAUUUAAAACUAGUGCUGAUGAUGAUAGUAAUUUUUACUCAGAGGAAGACGAGAUUAUGUUGACUCCAAUGUCUGAAUUGAUACCGACAAUAUUCACCAAUCACAAAUUCAAGAUAUAUAAACCAACCAUUGAAAAUUUACAAGAUUUCCUAGAAGAUGAACAUUUUUUCUUAGAAAUGAGGAAAAUUAAGAAAGUUAAGAAAUUCUCAAUAAUGUUAGAAACAUUAGUUAUUGCAUAUUUCACCACAAAAUCAGGUCAAUCGAUCUUAAAUUAUUUAUUUGAUACCAAAAGGAAACCACCCACUGUCCAAAACAAAAUCCUGAGGAAAACUUGGGAAGUCAAUGAAUUCUUAUAUUUUUGCUUUAUUGAUUUUUUAAUACGGAAUAAAAAUAAUGAAAUAAAUAUCGAUAAAUUCAAUGAGCCAGAAAAUAAAUUAUCCAUCAAAUUCCUUUUAACGUUUCAUCCAUUGUCAAAUAUUGAAACACCAAGUAUAAUUCUUGAUUCAAACUAUAAUAUGUUAACUGAUUACUUGGAUGCCACCUCAAAUUGGUUAAUUCUACUGAUUAAAAUGACAAUCCUCAACGUGGGGCCCUUUUUCUAUAACACAAUUAUACGAUAUAAUAGAAUCCCUCAAUUUAAUGGGCAUUUUCAAUGGUAUACUUCUUUACCAAAUGACAAACCACUCUAUAUUAAAGAAAGCAGCAAUAGUUGUAAUACUAGUAGUAGCAAUAAGAUUCUUUCAUCAGAAUCCUUUAUAGAAAUAAUCACUAGGAGUAAUCAUGAUUUUGAAGAUGACAAGAGUUUCAAAAUGAGUAAGACUUCUAAACCUGUUGUGUUAUGGGCAAUUGAGGAAAUUUUAUCCAGAUUAUCGUUCAAAGACUCCAGUAGAUAUAAGAAAAAUAAUAUAAAUGGUAAUGGCCAAAAUUAUCCUCAAAUGGAAAGGGCUCAAAAUCAGAGUGACAUAAACUAUCUUAAUCGUAACGAUGGUGCCGAUGAAUAUGACGACGACUAUUUACACAGGAUAGAUGACCUUAAAGACGGAGAGGAGAAAGUAUAUUCAUUUGAUCUUAAUAAUGAUGGUUCCAUCACAAUGCCUGAAAAUUUAAUGUUAAAUACCAAGAAAAGACACCAAAUUUUGAAUAAACUACUGAACUCUAAUAGUUUCGAUUCUUCCCCUUUACUAGAAUUGCAAUUCAAAUUAAUGCUUGGAUUAGUAGAUCCAUUGUCACAACCUCCACCAAAUGAUAAACAUAUUAUAUCAUUAGAUUUAUUAUAUCAAUUGUUCAUCGCCAUAUUAUAUCCAAAUUUCGAAAUUUUCCAAAAUAAUCUAGGAUUUAAUUGGAAGACUCACGUUUGUUUCCAAAUGGUUAAAAUAAUAAAUAAUUGCAUGGAAAAAUUAAACUGUAAUGAUUUGCAGAAAUUAUAUGAUUUAACGGGGUUCCAAGGAGAAAAUAACAAAGAAGAACUACUACAACAACAACAACAGCAACAACAACAACAACAACAAACGGAUCGUUUUGUCGACGGCAAUUGGAGAUCAACUUUAGAACAAUGGCUACCGCAUGGAUUAAACACGCAAGAUUUGGAGUUAUUAUACAUGGUAAUGAUCUUAGCUUCAUACACAUUGCAAAAACUAAACCACGAAAUACCAAUCCAAUUGAAUCCGUUUUUACCGACAUUAAUAAACCUAUGGAAGAAAUUGACCCUUAUAUUGGUAUUAGGAUUAGAUAUUGAUCGAUCAGAGGAAGCUCAUGAAACAUAUAAGACACCAUUAUUAGUUAAGGCAACAAUACGUGGGGCAUCUGCAUUACGAUCAGUUGUUGCUACAAUAUUAAAUAAUUAUAUGGAGUAUAAUGAUCAUGAUUUUAAACAUGAAGCAUUGAACACAUUUAUGUCUCCUCAUGGGAGGAAACUAUGUAAUGGUGCACUAUAUUGUGAUAUUAAAUUAUUUGCCGCGUCUUUGUAUGCGCUAGGGAUGGAUCUAAUUGAGAUAAGGAACCUGUUAAGUUAUUUGGAACCUGGAGAUAGAUUUGAUGAAGAUAUCAAUUAUAUGUUUGAAUAUGAAUAUGAUGAUUAUAACGCGGCUUUGAAAGAAAAUCAUGAGGAUUUAGGUAAAACUCUAAAGUCAAAUGAUGAUAAUUCGGAUAUAUAUGUAUUGAACGAAGUCAAAUUGGAUCGCUAUCAAAGGAGAUGUAAUUGUAUCUUUGAAGAUGAUAAAAUUUUACAAGAUGACGAUGAUGGUAACGGAGAUGAACAACAAGGAGAACAAGAAGAACAAGAAGGAACACCGAAAAAUGUGGCCUCUUUCCAAGAUCCUCUAGGUAAACGGAAUCUGGAUUAUGCGGUACGAUCAAAGACAACUUUUGAAUUUGAUUACAGUGGAAAAGAUUGGAGGGAUAUACCGCGUGGAUUCAAUAUAUAUUACUCAACGUCUUAUUCUUUCAUAGAUGACUCAUCCUUAGAUACAAUGAUCAAUCUGACGAGUAAGGCAUCGACCCAGAAAUUAAAUCAUGAUGACUCUAUACAACUGUUGCAAUUAUUGGCUUCCUCAAUUAAAGAAGAACAAAAUGAUAUGAUAAUGAAAGAUCUGUUGAAGGGGAAGGACCAACUGCAUUCGAAUAUUAUCAAUCCUCUCGUUAAUUCCAAAGAAGAAAAGGAAAGAUCCACUGUCGUAGCUACACCAGACGACAUAUUUGAUUAUUGGUUUGAUAAAGAUGUUUUCGUUGAAAUGUUACAUUUUAAUGAAGAACUAUCAUGGAGAUUGAUGGAUGAAAUGUUAAUGUGUAAUGGGUACCGUCGUGUCUUAAUUUGGUACAUUACACAUAUGAAGUUAAAUCAUUCUUUAAUUCAAUAUAUUUUUGAAUUACUUAUGGGAUUACGCGGGUCCCCAUUUGCUAACAAUAAUGAAUGUAAAAAUGAACUAUUACAUGAAUUAAUGUUAGGAAAGAAAAUUGUGGAUAAUCAUACUUACCCAUUUUCAAGACAAGGUCCAUUAAUUCUAUCUGAUAUUGAAACGAAAAUGUUAUUACAAGAGUUUUUCUCAAAUGCAGCAAUCUAUUUUGAUAAUGAUUUAGCAACUAAUGAAGGAGAUGGGCAACUUGAGCAUACCACUGAAGAUAUCUCUAUCAAUUCUGAUGAGAUUGAAAACAAUGAGAAUCAUGGUGUUUCGAUGUAUUCCAUGGGAUUAAUGAAAUUGAUCUGCAUAAUGGUAAGUUCAUUAAUUGAAAAUAAAAAGUUUGAUUUUACAAAAUCAGAUUGUAAUUUUGAAUUGCAAACCCUAUUAAUGAAUUGGAUUGGCAUAUUAAAGGAGGCAAAAGAAUUAUUUUUCAAAUUGAAGUCUGAUAUUGAAGAAACUUCUGAAUCCACUGAUGGUGGCGAUGAUGACGACUUUGAAUCGAUAGAUUCCAGGAAAAGUUCCGAAUCUAAUGGAAAAUGGGAAGGUUCAAGAAUAGGGAAGAUGAAUGACUUUAAUAAAAGAUUACUUAGACUAUUAGCACCUAUACAUUCCGGUGACACAGAUUUAAACUCUGAUACGGUAACUACACCAUUUAGAGGAUUACUCAAAAACUACUCGUUUACUUCCAAACCAAAGAAAGUAGCUGGUCGGAAAGUUGUAUACACGGAUGAUGAAAUUUUACCACUACCGAAAGUUGGACAUAGUCUUAUAGCCGAAGAAGAAGAAGAAAAAGCUAAGAUAAAUUGA